ACCUCUUUGGUGUCAAAUAUGUAAACUCAUAAGUUAAUGACAAGUUAUUCUUCGGAUCUACAAUAAUAUUUACUUAUAUUACUCAUUACGUCAAAGAUAGAUUAAAAAAAUCUAGUCCCUUUAUAUUGACAGUUCAAAACCAGUAGUCUCAAAUACUUUAAUAAUAUAUUUAUCUAAGACUCUUAAAAAUGCCAAAUCUAUCAAACAUAUCUCACGCAACAUUAAAGAUUAUCUUUGUUAUCCAUUUUAUUCUUACAACAUGGGGAUUGCAAGGCAGAUGGUGUCCACAGUCGGCGAUAUUUUACAAUUUAUUAUUCUUCGGUUGUCUUCUUUGGGCGAUCCACAACACUGAAUCGGAUGAGCCCUUACAAUUUGCGUUAAUUAUAAAUGUCCUAUCAAUUCUAUUCGACAUAAUCACAUUAUCAAUCUACUUUAAUGGCGACAAUGCAUCUCAGAGAUUCAGCGGGAUUAUUAUGAUCGCAAAUUUGAUUUUUCGGAUAUUUUCAACCAAAUAUCUAUUGAAAAUUGGUCAACAAAGAGGUGGUACCAUUGCAACUCUAUUUCCAACAGCAGCUGGUGAGUUUGGACGGCAACAAUAUGAAGAUAUUUCUUAUCCAGUACCUCAGAACAACGAUUUUUCUGGAAUAUGAAUAAUCUAUUAAACAGUAAAAUUUUUUUUAAAUAGGUUUUACUGGAAAAAUAGUUUAUACUUUUUACGAAUACUAUGUGGCACUAACUUCAAUUCCUCUAUUUAUUUAUAAAUUUUUAAACAACUAAACUAUGUUUCAAAUUGCAAUUAUUUUUAAUAACUUUUCUAUUAUAAUAAUUAUUGUAAUUAUUUUUGUAUUAAUUAUAAUAACUAAAAAUUAAAUUUAUUUUAAAUAUUUUUUAAUAACAAACAAUUACUUGUUUACAGUUGUAGGAUAAAUUGUAGAAAAUUAA